UAAAUUCUGUUCCUAUUCCACUUUGCAUCAAGACGGCAAUGGAUUCUGACGAGCUUAUCAUAGCAGCAGUGAGUAUCAUCGGCUUCAUAUCACUUCUUAAACCCAUCCUGAGUUUUUUCCAGUGGGUGUGGACCAUGUUCUUGAGACCUCCUAAGAAUCUCAAGGACUACGGUUCGUGGGCGAUCAUCACCGGUUCCACCGACGGAAUCGGCAAAGCCUUUGCCUUCGAGUUGGCAUCCAAGGGUUUUAACUUGGUCAUGGUUGGUCGAAAUCCUGCGAAACUUGAAGCUACAUCAAACGAAAUAAGCAGAAAUUUUAAUAAUAACCAAGCUGAGAUCAAAACUCUGGUCAUCGACUUCGAAAAACUUAGUGGGGAAGAAAUAUGUAAGGUGAUGGAGAAGGCUAUUGAAGGUUUAGACAUUGGAAUUCUGAUAAAUAACGCUGGAGUUGCGUACCCUUAUGCAAGAUUCUUUCAUGAAGUUGACUCAGAGUUGAUGAACAGUGUAUUGAAGGUAAACAUCGAUGGAUCAACCUGGAUAGCAAAGUCUGUGCUUCCGGUUAUGCUGAAGAAGAAAAAGGGAGCAAUAAUCAAUAUGGGCUCCGGUUCCUCCGUUUGCAUCCCUUCGUUCCCUUUGUUUUCCAUUUAUGCUGCCACCAAAGCUUACAUUGCAAUGUUCUCCAGAAGUAUUUUUCUAGAAUACAAGAAAGAAGGAAUUCAUGUUCAGUGCCAGACUCCACUAUUUGUUGCAACGAAGAUUAACAAGAUCAAAAGAUCUUCCUUCUUCAUUCCAUCGACAGAAACAUACAGUAAAUCAAGCAUAAAAUGGUUCGGCCAUGAUCAUCUUUGUUUACCGUAUUGGCCUCAUUCAUUGCAGUGCUUCUUACUCAGGCUGGUCCCUGAUGCAUUACUCAACCGUUGGAUUUUUCACGUCUUUCUUGGACAUCGCAUUAGAGGACAACAAAAGGACUCCAUCAAAGCCAAGCACCGUCGUAAUGAAUGAGGACCACAUCGUUAAUCCAAUAAAUGUUAUAAUGUGUAAUGGAUGACAACACAUUAUCAUAAGUAGUGAAAUGGAAAGUUUGAUAUAGGAAAAUAAAUUUAAUAGGAGGAAGUUGGUUGGCUACUGUAUACCUAGUCUACCCUAAAAAAAUAAAAAUAUAUAUGCCAAUAGGUAUUCAAAUAGAUAUGAAUCAAAAAAUCUAUAAUUUA